UCCAGGUGCUCAACCUGCAGCCGCAGCGCAAGGUGGUCGGAGCGGCCCCCGGGAACCGCCAGUGGACCGAGAUCGGCACCUGGAGGUCGUGGGAGGAGCUGCUGGCGGGGCUGGGCGGCGGCCUGGACGUGAAGGACAUCGUGUGGCCCGGCAUGUCGCACACGCCGCCGCAGGGCGUGCCGGAGAAGUUCCACCUGCGCAUCGCCUUCCUGGAGGAGCCGCCCUACGUCAACCUGGAGCCGCUGGACCCCGUCACCAACAAGUGCCCGAAGGACACGGCCGUGUACUGCCGCGUGGGCCGCGAGGACAACCCCAGCUCCCGCCGCUGCUGUACAGGAUUCUGCAUAGACCUGCUGCUCAAGUUCGCCGAAGACCUCGGCUUCACCUUCGACCUGUUCCGAGUGGAGGACGGCAAAUGGGGCGCGCAGACGAACGGGCGCUGGAACGGCCUGGUGGCCGCCCUCAUCAACCACAACGCCGACCUCGUGAUGACGUCCCUCAAGAUCAACUACGAGCGCUCGCAGGCCAUCGACUUCUCUCUGCCCUUCCUGGACACGGGCAUCGCCAUCACGGUGGCCAAGCGCACUGGCAUCAUCUCCCCGACCGCCUUCCUGGAGCCAUUCGACGGAGACAUGUGGAUGCUGGUGGCGUUCGGCGCCGUGCACGUCGCCGGCGCGGCCAUCUUCCUCUUCGAUCGGCUCACUCCGACCGGCUACGACAGAGAGCUCGGCGCGCCCAGGGAGCACCGCGUGUCGCUGUGCCGCACCCUGUGGCUGGUCUGGGCCGUGCUGUUCCAGGCCGCCGUCAACGUGGACUGCCCGCGAGGGUACGCUGCCAGGUUCGUGGCCAACGUGUGGGCGAUGUUCGCACUCAUCUUCCUGGCCAUCUACACCGCCAACCUGGCAGCCUUCAUGAUCACCCGGGAGGAGUUCCACGACCUCUCAGGGAUAAACGACACCAAGCUCAACAACCCCUUCACGGUGAAGCCCCCCUUCCGCUUCGGCACCAUCCCCCACGGCAACACCGACGUCGUGCUGCGCCGCAACUUCCCCCAAAUGCACUCGUACAUGCGUCAGCACAACCGCAGCUCCGUGGCGGACGGCAUCAAGGCCGUCAAGGACGGGCUGCUGGAUGCGUUCGUGUACGACGCCACGGUGCUGGACUACCUGGCGGGCCAGGACGAGGACUGCGUACUCGUCACGGUGGGGUCGUGGUUCGCCAUGACGGGCUACGGCGUUGGCUUCCCCCGCAACUCCAAGUUCCGGAAGCUCAUCAACCGCAUGCUCAUGGAGUACCGCGAGAACGGCGACCUGGAGCGGCUGCGGCGCUACUGGUUCGCCGGCUCCUGCAACCCCAACCGCAAGGAGAACAAGAACCGGUCCGAGCCCCUGGCCCUGGAGCAGUUCUUCAGCACGUUUCUGCUGCUCAUCCUGGGCAUGGCCCUCGCGGGCCUGCUCGUGUUCGGCGAACACCUCUACCUCCAGUACGCUCUCAAGCGGCAGCAGCGCCUGGGGCUGUACGUCAGCCCCCGCCACCAGCUGUCCCACCAGGUGCACCCCGAAGUGCGGCGGCGCGCAGCUCUAGCCCAACUGCAGGACAUGAACGAAAGGCAGUCGGCGCCGGCCCCGCCUGGCCCGCCACCCAGGGCCGACACCUUCAUGGCGCGCUGCUGUGCGCUUUUCAGCACGGAGGCGCUGGAGGUGACGCGCGCCCGCGUCGCCAAACUGGAGCGCAUGCUGGAGCGGUACGCGCGCGACCGCGAGCGCCAGGCCCAACGCCAGGCCUCGCAGAGCACCACCAGCGUGGCCACCAUCGCGAGCAGGGCUAGCGUCUCGGCUAGCGUGGUGCACGGGCCGUGCUGGUCUCCCGAAGGCUCACCCGUCCGGCUGCCCUACAGGUCCUCAAUAAGACUGCCCCUGGUGUUCACAUGA